GAUAAAAUCUUGCUUUUCCGGUUCUCUGUCCUGGUUCGUGGUGCUGUGUCUCCGCACCCUGCAGACAUGUCGGGUUUCAGCCCGGAGCUCAUCGACUACCUGGAAGGGAAGAUCUCCUUUGAGGAGUUCGAAAGGCGGAGAGAAGAGAGAAAAACCCGCGAGAAGAAGAGUCUUCAGGAAAAAGGAAAGUUAUCAGCUGAAGAAAAUCCGAAUGACUCUGAAGUUCCAUCAUCAUCAGGAAUUGACUCCACCAAGUCGCGAGACAAAGAUGUCAAUGAAGGAGAAAUGUCAGAUGGAGUCAGUAAGUCAGUUCACAAGGUCUUUGCUUCCAUGCUUGGAGAGAAUGAAGAUGAUGAGGAGGAAGAGGAAGAAGAGGAGGAGGAGGAAGAAGAAACACCUGAGCAACCCACUGCGGGUGAUGUGUUUGUACUGGAGAUGGUUCUCAAUCGUGAAACCAAGAAAAUGAUGAAAGAGAAAAGGCCUCGAAGUAAACUUCCCAGAGCUCUGAGGGGUCUCAUGGGUGAAGCCAACAUUCGCUUUGCUCGGGGAGAACGUGAAGAGGCGAUAUUGAUGUGCAUGGAAAUCAUAAGACAAGGUGGUUUUUGUGGGGAUUACUGAUAAUAGCCUUUUAAU